AUGCCGUCCGUCAGCCUCGAGUACCCCACAAAGCCCUUCAGCAAGGUCAACAGAUAUGACUCUCGAGCCAGCUACUCCCUUGAGACGAUCCACCAGAUCAUCAACUCGUGCCCCAUCCUCCAUGUCUCCUUCACCACCCCAGACUCGCCGUUCCCCAUGAUGCUGCCCAUGAUUGGGCAGAUGGGCUCCUUUGACCGGCCCAGCGCCGACACCGGCGACGUGCUCGACCUGUACCUGCACGGCUACGUCUCCUCGCGCAUCAUGAACCUGACACGGCAAGGGGGCGACGACAGUGGCGGCACAAAAACAGAGGGUGGCGGCAUGCCCCUGACGAUUGGCGCGAGCCACGUCGACGGCCUGGUGCUCGCGCUGACGCCCAACAGCCACAGCUACAACUACCGCUCGGCCGUGUUGUUCGGGCACGCGACGCUCGUGACGGAGCUCGACGAGAAAAACUACGCCAUGGAGCUCAUCACCAACAGCGUGGUGCGCGACCGCUGGCGCAACAGCCGCGUGCCCCCCAACAAGGCCGAGAUGGGCAGCACCAGCAUCCUGCGCGUCAAGGUCGCCGCCGGAAGCGCGAAAAUUCGCACGGGCAUGCCCAGCGACGAGAAGGCCGACCUGGCCGACGAGGCCCUCCUGGACCGCGUCUGGACCGGCGUCAUCCCCGUGCAGCUGAGCAUGGGCGAGCCGCUCCCGGGGCCGUACAACCGGGUCGAGAAGCUGCCAGCUUAUCUGGAGGAGGGGAGGAGGGACUUUAAUGCCUGGAAUGAGGAGGCCGCUGUCGAGGCGGCGAACAAGGCCAUGGCCCCGAAGGCCAAGUCCGAGGAGACAUGA